AACGCUCAGAUCGAAAAACCUUCACAAGUUAACACUCAGGGCAUCACAUUAAAUUUAAUUAAAUAAAAGUAAAGCAAACAAAGGCGACAUGCCACCAAAUGCCGUAGGACUACCGGACACGUUAUCAAAGGUGCCCGUCGAUUCCGAUCUGACAAAGGAGACAAAUAUGGAGGACGAGUCAUCCAAGCAGACCGGCGUGCUCUUUGAAGGCGAUGUGGAGACAGCCGAUGGAGCCCUAGCCACGGAUACCUUCCUCUUUAAAAAGGCCGAGGACCGCCAGUUGCAGUGGGUCUGGCGUAACAUACUUUUGUUUGCUUACGUUCAUUUUGCGGCUCUAUAUGGUGGAUAUUUGAUGCUGGCCAAGGCUAAAUAUGCCACCGUGCUAUUCUCUGCCGCCCUGUACGUUGUUGGGAUGCUGGGCAUAACAGGAGGUGCACAUCGUCUCUGGGCCCAUCGAUCCUACAAGGCCAAGUGGCCGAUGCGUUUGAUAUUGAUCAUCUUCAAUACGAUUGCCUUCCAAGACGCCGCCUAUCACUGGGCGCGCGAUCAUCGUGUGCAUCACAAGUACUCGGAGACGGAUGCCGAUCCGCACAAUGCCACCCGUGGCUUCUUCUUUUCGCACGUGGGCUGGUUGCUCUGCAAGAAGCAUCCCGAUGUGGUGGCCAAGGGCAAAGGCCUGGACUUGUCCGAUUUGCGUGCCGAUCCCAUUCUGAUGUUCCAGAAGAAGCACUACUAUGUUUUAAUGCCGUUGGCCUGCUUCAUUUUGCCCACCGUCAUUCCCUUCUACUUUUGGAAUGAGUCGCUGCUGUGCUCCUGGUUCGUGUCCACCAUGUUCCGUUGGUGCUUCCAGCUGAAUAUGACCUGGCUGGUGAACAGUGCGGCCCACAAAUUCGGUGGUCGUCCGUACGACCAGACCAUCAAUCCAUCGCAGAAUGCCACUGUUUCGGCAGUCACCUUUGGCGAGGGCUGGCACAACUACCAUCAUGUGUUUCCAUGGGACUACAAAACUGCUGAAUGGGGAAACUAUAACCUGAACAUGACGACUGCCUUUAUUGAUCUAUUUGCCAAGAUCGGCUGGGCCUAUGAUCUGAAAUCCGUAGCACCCGACACCAUUGAAAGGCGUGUGAAGCGCACUGGCGACGGCACCCACGAGCUGUGGGGAUGGGGCGACAAGGAUCUCACCGCGGAAGAUGCCAGAGAUGUGCUCUUUGUUGAUAAAAAGUCAGAGUAAAUCUCCUCCAGCGUUGCGUACUCACCGGGAGCAGCGAUAACUACUAUUUCUUAAUCAUUAACAGUUAAAAUUUAAUUGGCCAUUUAUAGAUGGUGUGUGAUAAUGAGUUAUGAGCGAUUAUACUAAAUAUAAUUGAUGUUGUUUA